GGUGUAAAUCGCUUAACCGUUUCGAUAUUAUGAAAAAUCACUUGUGUAAGUUACCUGAUGUUCGGUCAGUGCUACUGGCCGUCUUCAAGAUGAUUUUCAUCUGUUUUUUACUGACAUUAUUAUUCAUUUACACACUGGACGAUGGCGCAAGAAGAAAAUUCACGACUUUAUUUCUUUUCCGAGAGGGACUAGUCUUCAUAAAUACCAGCACGACGUCAUCCGAUUAUUAUGAGAGUGAAUUGCCAGUCUGCAGAGGAAACCUUCUCGACCAGCGAGAAUAUCGUUACGUCAGAGAGACGGGAAAUUCUUACGAUGCCAACCGGUUGAUGCACUCAAUAAUAAAUAAGGGAUCAGCAUGUCGACUGUUGCAUUACACACCUCAACGACUAGUCUCCUGUUUCGAUCAUCUUCAUUAUUUCGUCCACAAUAAAACGGAAAUAAGCGGAAGUGGUGAUUCCAAGUUACAUUUCGUGUUCUUGGGGGAUUCCAGAAUCCGACAUCAAUUCUACAAUUUCGUUAGGCUGAUUCCUGAUUUUGGGAGUCAAGUGUGGCCUAUUGAAAUCCCACCGGCUUUUCACGGCGACAUUGAAAUCACCAGCGACAUCAUGAGACUUGGACUUUCGUUUCAAUGGCGACCGCUCAUCAACGAAACCGUCAUAGAGACGAUACGGCAAUGGGCAACUCACGAAAAUGAACGGCCUUAUUUCGUUUUCCUAGGCAUGGCAGUCCACCACAUGAUGAAAGAAAACGGCGGCAAUUUCAAAUCCUACCAAGAGAACCUGAUGCAACUCGCUCCGAUCCUUGGCCAGUUGGCAAAUGUCACCCGGGUGGUUUGGCUGAACCAGUACCCAUCAGUCGAUUCCAAUGCAUGGAUCAAUGACAUCAACACCGUCAUCUUUUCCGAGAAGAUACACAGCUACAACAGAGCCAUUCGCCAAAUCCUAGAGAAGGAAAACAUUCCUAUAUGGGAUUCCAGUAAUCCACUGGGUGAGGAGUACGUUCGUGCUUGCGCCACACUCAAACGCGACGAGAUAUUCAACUCCAAUGGCCGCCCUUGCCUGUUCAAAGAUGUGACAUACUACGACUGUGACGACUACAUACACACGGGUUAUUCGGCCCUUUCGCAGGCCACUCAACUUCUUUUCAACGACAUUUGCAACAGUCAUGUGAAUUCAAUUAACCAGUCAAACACAAAAAUAUAA